AUGAAUCUUUCAGAGAAAACUGAAGUUAUUGAGCCUAAAAAAGAUGAUAAACCUAAAGCUGGAGAAUGGAAGGUCUAUAUAACCACUGGUAGUCAAGAUGAUAUGGGUAUAGAGAAGAAGAUACUAUUAUAUAUCUAUAGUGAUGAAGAAAAUAAAGGACCAAUAGUGUUAGGUACAGGUAAAAGAGGUGGAUUGUUUCAGCGUGGUCAAACAGAUGAAAUAAAGAUUGAUAUUGGACCUGCUAUAAAGAAUUUGUAUAAAAUAAGAAUUGGUUUUGAUGGUAAUAAUGGUGGACAGUGGUUUUUAGAAAAAGUAGUACUAGAAGAUUUAUCAAGUGGUGAACAGUAUGAAUUUACUAUAUAUAGAUGGUUAUCUAGAACACAUGAUGAUGGUGAUACAUGGAGAGAAGCUGUAGUAGCUUUACCUGGUCACAACUCUACUGCUAAUACGAUAUAUCAAAUAGAAGUAACUACUGGUAAUAUAUUAGGAGCAGACACCAAAGCUGAUGUUUAUAUCAAUAUUUUUGGUAAAAAUGCUGAUUGUGGUAAAAGAUAUCUUCAUAAAACAAAUUUCAAAGAGAAGCCAUUUCAAAUGGGAAAGAGCAGUCAAUUUGAAAUUGAAGCUGUUAGUUUAGGAGAAAUUGAGAAAGUAAUUGUGGGUCAUGCUAAUAAAACUCCAGGUAGUGGCUGGUUUCUAGAGAAAAUCAUCAUAACUGAUAUUUCAAAUGUUGAAACACAUUUUGUCUGCAAGAAGUGGUUGGAUUCUGGAAAGAGUGACAAAAAAAUAGAAAGAGUUCUGUACCCUGAUAUCCAACAGCCAAAACUGGCUCCACCACCAAAAGUCAGAAAAAAAUCUACGAAUAAACCUAUACCAGUGAAGACAGUUCAAGAGAAACCAGUUGCAAAGCAAAAACUUAAACCAAUUUCAGUUAGCGAUGGUUGCUAUGAAGUUUAUGUUAAAACUAAAGAAGAUUCUCAUCCUCCUAAUGGUGGUUGGGUUACUAUAACAGCUUAUGGUAGUAAAGAUAAAAGUGAAGCAAUCCAGUUAUUACCCAAAGAGAAUUCUAGAGAAAAAUUGUUUGAACCAGGGAAUGUUGAUGAAUUUGAGAUUAAUGUAGGAGAUAUUGGUGAUCUAUAUAAAUUACAAGUUAUGAGAGAUGAUGAAGAACAGUGGCAGGGAUGGCAUCUCGAACAGAUUCGUCUAGUUGAUAAAUCAAGUGAAGAAGAAUUGAUAUUUGACUAUAAUUGCUGGUUGUUAAGAGAUGAUGUUGGUAACACUUUAGUUCAAGAACUACCUGUUUCUACAGAUAACAAGCCUCUCUAUCAAGUUCAUACCUACAGAGUAUCAAUUUAUACUGGUAACCAUUGGUGUGGUGAAACUAAUAACAAUGUAUUUAUUACUAUGUAUGGUCAGAAUGGUGAUUCUGGUAAGAGAGGUGUUUAUCAGCCACAUUUUAAACAACUCAAAUUCCGAAAAGGCCAGGUUGAAACAGUUGAAUUUGAAGCAGUAGAUCUAAAAGAAUUACAGAGUGUUAUGAUGGAGCAUGAUGGAAAGGGUUUUGGGGCUGGAUGGUUUUUAGAGAAAGUAACUAUAACAGAGACUACUGGUGACAAGUCACAUAUAACUUAUAUCUUUCCUUGUAACCAAUGGUUAGAUAAUGGUAUUGGUGAUGGGCUAACAGAAAGACGUUUGAAAUGUUUAGAUAUACUGGAUACCUCACAUAGAUCACCAACCAGAACCAAGAGUAAAUCAAAAGGAAAAUGGAAAGUGAAAGUAAAAACAAGUGAAGAAGAAGGUUCAGGAACACAUGCUACAGUAUAUUUAACUAUAUUUGGUGAUAAAGGACAUUCAGAGACUAUACCAUUAAAUACUGGUGGAACUAAGUCCCAUGAUUUUAUUAUGGGUAAAGAAACUGACUUCCAGAUAACCGUAGGAAAUAUAGGAGAAGUUAGUAAAAUAAGAUUAGAACAUAACAAUGAGAAUAAAGAUCCAUCAUGGCAUUUAGAUUGGGUAAAAUUACUGUGUGAAGAAACAGGAGAAGAAAUAGUAUUUUAUGGUAAUUGUUGGCUAUCAGAUAAUCAAGGUGAUAAACAGAUCUGUCGUGAAUUACCAGUUAUUAAAACAGGAAAACCUUCAUUACCUGUUCUGCAAUAUGUAGUAAGUUUGGAAACUGGUAAAGAUCUACAGGCUGAAGCUAGUGAAGCUGUUAUUUCUAUUAAUAUUAUUGGUGAAUUGGGAGAAACAGGAGUAAGACCACUAGUUAAUUCUCUAGCUGGUAAUAAAGUACUAUGGAAAUCAGGAAGUCUGGACUAUUUUACUAUAGAAGCAGUAGAUGUUGGUAAAAUCCAGAAGAUAAGAGUUUUGUUUGAUGGAGAUGGAGCAGAGAAAAAUUGGUAUUUAGAGGGAGUUUCUGUCCGUGAAGCUCCUGCAGCCAUUUUGGAAACUGUGUUUCUUUGUCAACAAUGGUUUGAUUUUCAUAAUAAAUCUUCAGAUGUCACAAUUGAGUUUUUUCCUAAAGAGACUAAAUUUGCCAGUGCCUUGCCAAAAUCUGUUGUCAAUAACCUCUUUACCAAGCAACCACCAUCAAAAGGAAAAUGGGUUCUUACUACAUAUAUUGGUUCAGAGGGUGAAGUAGAACCUGAUGAUCCAGUCUAUGUUACAAUCUCUGGAACAGCUGGACAGAGCUCACCUAUUCAAAUCAACAAAAAUAGUGCCUUAAAACCAAAUAGCACUGUGCUGACUGAGGUCUCCUUGGGUGAUAUUGGUACUAUUUAUAAGUUACAGGUCAACUUGGAUAUAAACAGUACUGAAUCUUUCAACCUAAAUAGGAUGAAACUGAAAGAUAAAGAUUCGAAUGAAGAGUAUAGUUUUGAGGUUUAUGAUGUGAUCAAGUCAAGUAGUGCCAAUCCACUUGGUUUAAAACUUCUACCUGCUACAAGACCUGAUGUACCUCCUCUACAAGAAAAUAUAUAUGUAGUCAAAGUAAAAACAGGAAGCCAACCUCUCUCUGAAACUGAGGCAAGAAUCUACUGUUUACUGAUUGGUAGUUUAGGUGAAUCUGGAGAAAUGAUAUUGUCUAACUGUCGUCUGGGUAAAGGAUUAUUUGGCAGAGACCAGGAGAAUGAAUUUGAAGUAAGAAGUUUAGAUAUUGGUUGUAUUAAGAAGAUUAAGAUAGGACAUAAAGAGUUUGGUCGAGGUUGUGGAUGGUAUUGUGAUAGAGUCAUCAUCUCAUCUCAAUCUAAACAUUCUCAACAAUAUAUUUUUCUUUGUGACAGGUGGUUAGAUUCUGGUUGUAAUGACAGAAAACUGAUGGUAGAGUUAUCCCCCUUAGCUAGUCUGCCACAUCAUGAUAAUGUUCCACAACCUGUAAAAACUAAAUCUAAGGGUAUAUGGAUGUGUUCUGUUGUAACAGCUACUGCUGAUAAAAUAUCUCCAUCAUCUAAUAAAAAGUCAAGGCAUGUUUUUAUCAGUGUGUUUGGUAACAAAGGUGUUUUUGGACCAAAAGAAUUGGCUGAUAAAAAUCGCACAUUAUAUUUAGCAGGACAGAAGGACAUAUUUCAUGGUUUAAAUCUGGGUUCUAUUGGUGAGAUACAGAAAGUAAGAGUUACUUGUGGACUUGAAAAUGAUGUAACAACAGAGUGGAUAGUUGAACAGGUGAUACUACGAGAUGAAGAGACAGGAGAACAGUAUGUAUUUGAUUUUAGUGCUUGGGUUGGUGAUAGUAACCAUGGUGAUAUACACAGAGAAAUGCCAGUUAUUAAAUCUAUUGAGAAUUUUGAUAGUGUUUUGAAUUAUUAUGUCAGUGUUCACACAUCCGAAAAGAAAGGAGGAGGAACAGAUUCACAGGUUUCUCUUACUAUAUAUGGAAAACAUUCUGAUACUGGCAAGCGUAAACUAGUGCCUGAAAAUCCCAAGACUAUAUUAUUCAAAGCUGGGCAGGUGGAUCAUUUCUACAUUCAAUCUGUUGACCUUGGUGACCUUGAUAAAGUUUUGGUAACCAAAGGACCAGGUGAACCUUGGUUAUUAGAGAAAAUCGUUGUCAAAAAACAAGAAUACUCAAGUGAAGAAUAUGUGUUUGAAUUUAAUCAUUGGUUGAGUAAGGACAGUCGAACUAAAGUAUAUGAAGAUACUCAAACUUUAACUGCCAUAAAACCUAGCAAUAUAGUCACUCCAAUUCAAAACAAAACUAGACUACAAAAAUCUGAAGGAAGGUAUAGAGUGUUCACAGUGACUGGAAUUGGUCAGUCCACAGCUCAUGUGUCAGAUAUUCUUCUUACUUUCUGUGGUAAACAAUCUGAAAGUUCACCAGUAUCAUUAGAAGGUGAUGGUGAUGACAACUUUCAACCUAAUCAAAAUAGAAUCUUUCAGGUUCAUAUGAAUGAUGAUGUUGGUGAAUUAUUUAAGAUGAGAAUUGGUUUCCGUGACAACAUUCAAACUAAAUCAUGGAAAUUGCAGCAGAUUGUUGUUCAAGAUAUUGAUACACAUGAUAAAUUUAGUUGGUAUUUUGCUGAAGGUGUUAAUAUUGACGAUAAAAAAGAUGGCUGGGUAGAAUUUCCAGUUGAAUGGCCAGGAGUAGCACCACUUCCAGUGAUUAAGUAUGAUAUAGAUUUAUAUGGUGAUGUUAAAAAACCACCAACUAAAACUCCUCUACAUUGUCAAUUAUAUGGUGAAAAUGGUACAAGUGGUAACAGAAUGCUCAAAAAACAUCUGACUGGUAAAAACCAACAAGUUUUCCAUUAUGAAAUUGAGGCUGUACAGUUGUUUGAUAUAAAUGAAGUUUUAAUUGGACAUGACAACACUAAGAAAGGUGCUGGAUUUCAUCUUCAAAAAUUACAAGUGAAAGAGUCCAUUGAAAAUGGUAAAGAAUUUACAUUUGAAUGCAACCAGUGGUUUGAUGUUGGGCAGGCGGAUCAGAAGAUAGAAAGAGUUCUAAAAUUAGAAUCAAAUAAGCCUCAUCAACCAACAACUACACCUGUUAAAGCAAAACCUUCCCCACAACCAGCACCACAACCAACACCACAACCAACACAGAAAAAACGUAAGUAUACAAAGAAAGAAAAAUCACCAAGCGGUGAUUGGAAAGUGGAGAUUUAUACCUCUGAUAAUAUAGAAAAUUCAGGCACUGAUGCUAAUGUUGUUCUGACAAUAUUUGGUAACCAUGGUAAUUCUGGUCCUCUCCCUUUGGGUGAACCUGGUAUUGGUUUCUUUGAAAGUGGACAGAAGGAUGAAUUUGAGAUAUUUUUGGAGCCAAGUGAAAUAGGAGAAAUUAGAAAGAUAAGAUUAGAACAUGAUAAUGAUGGACAAGGACCUGGUUGGCAUGUACAGAAAGUUGUUAUGGAGAACUUAGGUAACCAAGAAGAAAUAAUAUUUCCUAUCAAUAAGUGGUUAGAUUAUAAUGAUAAUAGCUAUGGUGAUGUGGUAGUAGAAGUACCAGCUGUUUCACCUAAUACUAAACCUGCUGAAGUGUAUAAGUAUUUUGUACAAACUACUACUAGUAAAGAUAAAGAUUCUGGUACUGAUGCCAAUGUAUAUAUUAAUAUAAUUGGUACUCAGGGUGAUACUGGUAAAAGAUUUUUACUCCAUAAUCUUACAGGCAAGAAUAAAUUCCAAACAGGACAGACUGAUAGUUUUGAAGUGGAGGCAGUGGAUAUUGGUAAGGUACAGAAAGUUUUUAUAGGUCAUGAUGGAUUUGAUGAGGGAGCAGGCUGGAAACUAGAAGAAGUCAAAGUCAAGCAGUCGAGAACAUCCAGUGAAGUUUGUUUAUUUUCUUGUGGAAGGUGGCUUGAUGAAGAUAAAGGAGACAAGAAAACUGAAGUGGAACUCAAUCUUACUAAGGUUAUAACUGACAAAAAACCUAAUGGUCUUAAUUUCUAA